AUGAAGGUGAAGCUGAAGAAUGUGUUUGUCAUUUACUUCCUAGUGUCGGUGAUUGGGCUCAUGUACGCGUUGCUGCAGCUGGGUGAGUGCUGGGCUGAGUGCAGCAGCUGCGGUGCUGGGGCUGAACUCAGAGCAGGGCAGCCCUGCGACUGCUCCCAGCACCUGAGAUCAGCCAGUGACCUCAUGCAUGGCAAGGACAAGAAGAUCUCCCAGCUGCUGAGUGAGGUGAAACGGCUGCAGGCACGAGGAAAGGGCCCAGAGCUGGAGGGACAGGCACUGCCCAUCAUCUACGCCAUCACACCCACCUAUGCCAGGCUGGUGCAGAAGGCUGAGCUGGUGCGCAUCUCACAGACCUUCCUGCAUGUGAAGAACUUCCACUGGAUUGUGGUAGAGGACUCCCCAGUGAAGACCCAGCUGGUGUCGGAGCUGCUGGCCCAGAGCGGCCUGCGCUUCACCCAUCUGCACACGGAGACACCCAAGGAGCACAAGCGCAAGGAGAGCGACCCCAACUGGCUGAAGCCCCGUGGCGUGGAGCAGCGUAACCUGGCCCUGCAGUGGCUGCGGGAGAACCGGGAGCUCAGUGAGGAGGGUGUGGUCUACUUCGCCGACGACGACAACACCUACAGCCUGCGCCUCUUCGAUGAGAUCCGCUCCACCAAGCGUGUCUCAGUUUGGCCUGUGGGGCUCGUGGGUGGCCUGCGCUUCGAGCGCCCCCUGGUGGAGAAGGGCAGGGUGGUGGGCUUCUACACAGCCUGGAAGCCCAACCGGCCCUUCCCCAUGGACAUGGCCGGCUUCGCUAUUGCUCUGCAGCUGCUGCUGGCCAAUCGUGAGGCCCGGUUCGACUUGCUGGCUGAGCGUGGCUACCUGGAGAGCAGCCUGCUGCAGUCACUGGUCUCCAUCGAAGAGCUGGAGCCUCGAGCUGACAACUGCACCAAGGUUCUGGUCUGGCACACACGGUCGGAGAAGCCCAAAAUGAAGCAGGAGGAGCUGCUGCAGAAGCAGGGCCUGGGCUCUGACCCAAGCAUCGAGGUGUGAGUGGCACCUGGAGAACCAGUACAUGGAGGCCCGUGUGGGGAGCUGGCCCAGAGCCCAGGACAGGAUCAGGGCUGCUCCCAGAGCAAUGGACUUGGGGACUGAACGCCCCAGACUGCUUUAUUUAUUGUGACGUGCAGGGGCCCUGCCCCCAGCCCCCACCCCACUGGUGGAGCAGCCUCUAUCCCAGCAUCUCCAGUGCUGCUGCUCCCUGCUGAGGGAGUCCCCCCCAGCCCGACAUCCUCAGUUGCUACUGCCUGGAAGUCAGACCCUGCCCCCAGAGAGGCAGCUGCUCCAGGAUUUGUUCCCAGUGAGCCCCUCCAGGACCCGUUCCCCCUGCCCAGCAGCUCCUAGGGGGCCCUAGCCCCUCUGCAUGGCGCCUGAGGAUGGCGGCUCUGAUCCUGCCCUGCUGGGCAGGGCUCCUAAGGGCGGUGGAGCUGUGAGAGAGUGCGACACAAUGUUCCUCCCCCCACCCACCCCACUCACCAGUGGGCUGGGAUCCCCCUCCCCAGCUCCAGGGAGCCCUGUGUGUCCCUGUUGUGUGCGUGGCUGUUGCAUGAACAUGGUGGCUGUUACAGCAAUAAGCAUGUUAUAUCCUCAAUAAAGCGCCUA